CAAACCUUAUUAUUUAACAAUAGUUAAUUUAAUAAAAUAAAAUAUUUAAUAAAUAUGUCAAGUGAUUCAGAAAAUGAUUCCAUACAAGAUGCGGAAAUUGAAAUGGACGAAGAAGAUGAUGAAGGUGAAGAAAUUAUUUCUGGAGACGAGGCUAUGCAACGAAAUUUGGAUGAAAGCGAUACCUCAAGUUCAGAUGAAGAUACAGAAUUAGAUGAACCAGAAUUUGAUGAAAGUUUGAGUGAUAAAAACUCGAAUAGUAAAGCAAAACAAACAAAGGAAGAACUAGCUGCCACAAAAAUUUUGGAUAAAUAUAGUGAACGCCAAGGUAAACAGCUUUUUAUACUUUUUCCACAAAAACUACCAUUGGACGAAAAAGAAUUGCAAGAAAAAGGUCGUAUGUUAUCGCCAUUAGUUAUAAAUGUACACAGACCGCGUCAAAAAUAUGCACGUUUUUGUUUAGUAGAUUUUGAAUCUAAAGAUGAUCGUGACAAGGCACUUAAGAAUAUAAAUUCUGCAAUUAAAAAAGACGCAAAAUUUAAAGGAAUUGUAGCAAAAUUGCCACGUACUGAAGAUGACAACUUUGUAAAGAAUAUGGUUGACCGUAAAAUUAAAUCAAUUGAAAGUAAGAGAGCUAAAAUACGCUUAAAACGUGCAAACAAACAGCCUAAAAACAAAAUUUACACAUCAUCUAUUAUCAUAACAAAUCUGCCAAAGAGUUCAUCUCUAAUCGAAGUAAGAAAACUGUUUCCGAAUGCUGUUGAUAUACAAGUCAAACCAAGUCGAGAUAAAAUGAUUGAUACUAGUAUAGCAACAGUAACUUUAACUUCAACGCAAGAGGCCAGUGCAGCAAUAAAGAAAAAAUUAACAUUAUCUGGUAAUAAGCUUAAUUUACGCUUUCAUAAUCAAAUCAAGAAAAAACCCGUCAACAAGAAGAAUAAAAAUGCGAAAAAAAUGAUACCAAAAUUGCCCUUAAGCUGUUAAAUUAUGUAUAGAAAAUAUAUAUUAAAAAUAAUGCGU